AUGCGAAAUGGUCGAUCUGAGUUUAAAAGAGCCGAAUUCAAGGCUCGCAUGAGGCUUUCUUUAACAGACUUGAGGCCGUCUCCUCCUAUAAUGAAGAACAUUUUAUGGGUCGAGUCAUGUUGGCACAGUUUGCGCUGUACUUUGGCUAGGAAACAGCUUUUCAAGCCACUUUAUCAAAACAAAAUCGGAACAUACGCACUGGCCGAUUUUCGACGGCCUCUAUAUUCGCAGAGGCGAUUUUACCUUGAAAGCAACCGAGAAAGGACAUUAUCGGUGCGAAGACACAUUUGUUUAUAUGGGUAA